GCAAUAAAAUGAAAUGUGAUGUGAAUUUUUCCAUAAAAUGUAUAAGAACUAUCCAUUUUUCACGAAUAUUAAAGACCUAAAAAUUGAAAUGAUUGCCUAUGUCAGCGUUUCUCAGUUUGUGGUCCUCGAAGUCUGCCUUUGUGGUCCUCCUAGAUUUUCAGAAAUGACAAGAAAUAAAAUCCAUAUCCAAAUGCGUAUACCACAGUAAAGUUGAAGAUUUCAGAGUUUGGAAUCAGGUUUUCUCCAAGACGGACAUUUUAUGAAAUUUAUUACCAGUUCUAGUCGAUGCAACAAAAGAGGGAUUUAAAUCACUAUGUUUAUAAUGCUUCUUGCCAACAUACAUUCAGACGCAUAACAACUGCGUAAGGAUCGUCAGGUUCAUCCAUCAUAUUAAUGGCAUAUGAAAACUGAAAAUAUCAUCUUACUGAAGCUCUUCAUGUUCUGUAACCUAAUCCAUAAUCAGAGAAGGGCAGUUUGGGACAAUGUAGGUUCUGCAUUUUAUUACAAGGCAUGCUGAAUAAAGUUAUUUUCGGAUGUUGGGGGUGGAACUGUGAAACAUGGCCAGGUUAGCUGCAUAUUACCAGGAAGAUUUCCACUACGCAUCUAUAGGAUAUGGGCCUAAGCAAAGGAAAGCUGCUUAUUUCAUUUACGAAGAACCGAAGAAUAAUUUAUUCAACAGUAGCUUUCAAAAUGGACCCAGGCUAAGAGGUUUGGCUGCAUCUGAUCCCGCAUUGUCCCCUGUCACUUAUCCUAAAAAGACAGCAGUAAUGACUCUAAAACAAAGACCUAAUUAUUACGAUUCUCCCCUUGUGGAAAAUUCCCGUUUAGCUGUUCAAAGAUUACAGAACGUUUAUGAUGCUCCUGAUAAUGCUUGUGUAAGUUUGAGACAUCCGUCAGAUAUCUAUGAAAUGGAAUCCGUUUACUCGUAUAGAACAGAUAAUAAAUGUUCUACAAAGAGUAAACACAAACUAAAAGAUCCUUGCCGUAAAAGAAUGUCCUAUAAUGAAUCAUUUGACGUCUGCUGUCGAUCACCUGAUCAGUUUAUUCCAGAACCUGGUACAAGAUGUGAAGUACCGCAUGCCUUACAUAAUUAUGAUGCUUAUCGUAAUGGUUAUUUUAUAGAUCGUACAGAAGAUAGCUUUUAUCCUCCUGUAUCAUAUCGAAGCGAUUCAAGUCAUGGAAAAUGGCUGCAGUGGCCAUGGGCUUCAUCAGAAACUUAUGCUAACCCAGCUUUACUUUCUCCACCAUCUCCAUUAGAUUCGGGUCUUAGUUCUCAAUCUAUAACUUCAACUCCCAGUUUGGAUGCUGAACCUAUACCUAUGCAUACAGGGCCGUUGGUAAUCUCUCAUUCUGAACGUAAUCAUAUCUGUUCUUGCCCUAAAAGCAUGUACUCGGAAACUGGACGUUUACUUUCACCUCAAAGUACAUAUGACUCUGGAAGAGGCUCCCCUGGAAUGUACUGCACUCCUCUGCGACAUUCAAAUUCAUCAGUUCGAGUAAAAAAAUGUCGAAAUCAUCCUCAUAAAUUAGCCACGUGUGUUAAAAGUGAUUUUAAUGACGCUGCUGUUCAUCAGGAACAGGUACGCUAUGGGAUGAUGGGACUUGUCGGUGAGUCAGUGAAACAAGAGCAUUCUACUUCCACAUUACCAAAGGUACCUAAUGGAAAUUCUCAGGAACGAGGUUUAUUUACCAGUGGGCAUUCUCCAGCCGUCUUUUAUGAAUACGUUGACGAAAACGGGGUACCAUUGAAAAGGAUUUUGACGUGUGCUUCGCCAUCUCGAAAAUCAUCGAAAAAUUAUGUCAAACCAUGCGUUGUUAUAACUGAAGCAUCUGAAAAAAGCUCAUCUGGCGGAGGACCUUCUUCCCCCGAACAAGAAAACUCGGAUAAGAGCCCAGAACCGGAAUCAUCGGUAAGCUUAGCUGUUUCAAAUUCAGCUUCCAAUUCUUCAUCUGUUAAUUCAAGCAAUAUGGAGCUGAAUAGUGAUGAACGCCGCAAAGUGAACAAAGCAACUGAAAAAGAGAUACGCGAACUUGAAGACAUGUACAAAAAAUGCAAUUUAAGUGAUUAUGAUUUACUUGAUAGAGCAGAAAGGAGAGAUCUUCCUACUGCACAUCAGACAAAGGUGGAUCAAAUUCAGGGGUUAACCCGUAGUAAAAGUGAUACUCUGUAUGAAGUAAUGAGUCCUUACCACAAUCCUUACGAGAGACCCCCACGUGCUCCACCACGUAGGAGGUCGGGUAUGCCUGACAGAAUAGCCGAUGACAUGGCUUUGCGAAAACUGAAUAAACCAGUUACAACUUCUUCUUUCAAUUCGAAUGAGAACACUGUUACUUAUAUGCUGUGCUCAUCCCAUUUUACACCUACUGUGCCAGAAAUAAACAAAGAUAUUCUCCUUAUGGACAAUCCAGAUAUUGAAUAUGAUGAUCUUUCUUUUAGGAGACAUUAUUUCGGUAGAAAAAGUAAAAUUCCAGACCCUCAGCCUCCAUUUGGCAUACCGUUAAGGCCUCCACCUCCACAGAGAGUAUUCAAUGACUACUUGCAUUUCGCACCAGUAGAGGGCCUUCAGCCUUUGUGUCAUCCAAGGCGCAACCCAGAUGUCAUCCGUGAUGAUAUGGCAUACAGAACACUACGAAAAGAUGAACCUGAAAGACUCUAUUACGAUAUAGCACAAGUUUACAAUAAAAAAAGGGGUUAGAACAAAUAAUGUGAUGAAAGAUGGACAGUAUUAAGUCUUUCAUCCCCAAGUGCAAUUUUAUUGAAUAGAUGUAUAUUUAAUGUAUCCUUAGUCUUCAAAGCCUUUUGUGCACUAAGUCUGUAUCUGGUUAUAAACUGUUUCUUUACUAAGUA